CGCGGGUUAGUUAGGGGUUGGCCAGCCAAGAUGGGGAUGGGGGGGGGAGUAGAGUAGAGUAGGUCAUGAGGGAGGGUAUGUAGCUAGCAGAGGGAAAGAGGGAAAAAAAAAAGGGUCACUGGGCCUUUUCUUUCUUAGGGAACGUCGUGUUGAUUAUAUGUAUGUUAGGGUUCGCGCCUUGGAGAGAUGGAAGGGGGGGGUUAUAUUUCCUAGAGGCAUUCUAAUUUCUAGGAGUCUUUGGAUAUAUAUACAUAUAUAUAUUGUUCAGGAUGCUGAUGCCACCGCCUUUCUGCCUCCUAGUUUCGUAUCUUGCGGUUGUGUCUUCGGCUGUGGUUAUUGAUGAACGAGGUACAAAGAUCAAGAUCCAGCACGGACAAAGGGAUGCUGUCGAUGCUUCGCAGGCAGACCCUGUGGUUGAUUUGGGAUAUGCUGUUUACGAAGGAUAUUAUGACGAGACGACCCAGUUGAAUGUCUUCAAGGGGAUACGUUAUGCAGCCCCGCCGCUUGGAAAGCUGAGAUGGCAGCGACCACAAACACCAGCUGUGAAUCGAAGCCACACGAUACCAGCAAAGAACUAUCCUCCACGCUGCCCGCAAGGCUUCGAUUCUCCCAUGCCGAGUGGCUAUGUAUUUCCGGACGGAGGAGUUGGGAAUGAAGACUGCCUGUUCUUGAGUGUGUUUCAACCCAAGAACGCUGUGAAUCUCCCGGUAAUGGUUUGGAUCCAUGGAGGCGGAUAUGGAAGCGGAGCUGGAGACAACGAUAUGUCGGAGAUGGUAGUGACGAACAACCACGGCUUCAUAGUGGUCCUUAUACAGUACCGUCUUGGAGCGUUUGGCUUUUUGUCCUCAGCAGAGGUUGCCCAAUUUGGAACGCCAAAUGCAGGGCUAUAUGAUAUGCUCUUCUCCCUGCAAUGGGUGCAGAAGCAUAUCAGAGCCUUCGGUGGAGAUCCUUCAAGAGUUACCGUCUCUGGCGAAUCUGCUGGAGCAGGUGGCGUCAUGCUGCUAUCCAUGGCAUUCGGUGGCAGUCUAGGCACUGCACUUUUCAAUAACGCUAUUGUUGCCAGUCCCUACCUACCUGGGCAGUGGGACUAUGAUGAUGAUGUACCAUCUCAGUUCUAUCGUCUUUUCGCACAGGAGGUUGGAUGCCUCAGCGAGUCACUCGAUAUGGACGAUCCGACUGUUUUCGAGUGUCUGCAAGCAAAAGAUACUCUUUCUUUACAGAAUGCGAGCCUUUCUAUAGGGAGUAACACAAAGUAUGGCCAAUGGGCUUUCUUGCCGGUUACGGAUGGGGAUAUCCUGCGCAAGAGACCAUCAGAACAGCUUCUCGCUGGAGAAGUGAACGGGGUCAGGAUGUUAUCAGGACAUAAUGCCAACGAAGGUGCUAUGUUUGUGCCCCAAGGGAUAUUGACUAGCGACGACUUCGACGCUUUUAUCCAAGAUCUCUUCCCUCUCAUGGGCGAGGAAGAUCUGUCUCGCAUUGCAGAAGCCUACGCUAUCCCGCCCACGACUCCAGGGCCGCUCUAUAGCACGCUCGGGGACAGCGGUCCCACGGCCUUGAACCAAUCAGGAUUCGGAACAGGACAGCAGCAGCGCGCAAACAAUCUCUAUGCCGAGACGGCGUUCGUGUGUGCAAGUUAUUGGCUUGCCACUGCAUUCCCCACCGCAUGGAAAUAUCAGUAUUCGGUUCCUCCAGCACAACAUGGUGCAGACCUGGAUGCGUACUACACGGCUAACAGCCAGUUCUUUGGUGAAGGCACACUCUCGCCGGGUUUCCGGACCGCGAUGCAGGAGAUAUGGGGUCGCUUCAUCAUGGACAAUGACCCUACAUUACCUGCAUCUGCCAUCAAGAAGAUCACCACAGCGUCGAACGGAAGCGCGACUGGUGAUGACAUUACCGCGGCAGGCACUGGAAGCUGGCCCGUAUGGAGCGGUGGAUGGGGUUUCGAUCAGGGCUAUCAGAUGCUGAAUCUCAACAUGACGGGCGGCCACCCCGUGCAAUACCAGUGGUACAGUGCGGAUGGUCACAGGGCGACCAUCACAGAGUAUGCUGGGCCGGGGCUGACAGCCAAGUUUGAUGUUGUGGAUGCUUGGAGUUGGGAGGGCGGAAGGGGAAGAAGAUGUCAGCUGUGGGCUGAUAUGGGUGCUCUGGUGCCCGAGUGA